AUGCUGCCGCCACUCGAGAACCCCUCCCUGGGGAUGCCUGUUUGGUGCAUCUCAAUUCUCAACAACAAAAAAUUCACCGGCCGAAUCAAAACGGGGUUGAUGGACGACCAAGGCGCCGCGCAGCCGAUUGGACUCAUCGCCACCUCCGGAAGGGUGGUGGAACUGGUGGUUGGCCCCCAGCACACCCACAGCGCUCAUCCAGUUGAUCCAGCCGAAGUCCAAGGCGAAAAGGCGACGCUGAAGGUUGAGGCACUUCUUUUAGCGGCUGAAACUCCGCGUUGGUACUUGAAUUUGCUCGGCAACCCCGUCUUCUCACUCGAUGGACUGAUGGAGGCGUUAUUUGGUUGCCGGGUUUGCACCUUGCUCCUUCGAGGUGAGGAAAAGAGGGUAACGUCGAUAGGUAAUGCCCUCCAUCAACCAGUAAGAAGAGGAAAGGGGAACAGGGGAGACGAGUACGAGUUAUCAAUAUCAGCGUUGGUGGGACCGAUAUGUCGUUAUCGUCGCCAAAUGCCAUCACCGAUACGUCGUGGGCCCUCUGAGAAUUGCAUGCCAGACGCACAGUGGUGGAGCUUUUCUGCUAACAUGAACUCUGGGGGUGGGCUAGAGGCGCAACAAAGUAGUUUCGGGUGA